UUUGACACUUUAUUUUUUGUGUAAGUCCCUUUAAACCAGUGGAAAUAAUGUGAUGUUGCCGUCGUGUGAUGUUUUUGUGCUUAAAUAUACGAGCGCAGUUGCCAGUCAACUAGUAACGAUCUCCAGAAGAUCUCAUCUUACGCCGGCUUCUGUUUUCUGUUUGGUAAAUGUUCCUGUUACUGUCCAUGGAGACCAAGCAAAGUAUUUUGGCCCAUGUAUCAAUGAUUCAACCACGGAGACCAAAAGAUACCAAGGUUACCCAGAAGGAAUGGAUAUGGAAAGGAGAAGGAAUCAAAUGUCGAACACAGUGGGGUACAUCUGUGGCAUGGAACAGGAGAAUAAGACCAACAGUGAUGGCCUCAUGGACAUUGUAAAUGUCACUUGUUCUCCGAACGCCAUUGCAGGCAUUAAGGAAAACAUGGAUCAGGCCCCAGUCUCCCAGAGCCAGAAUCAACAGCAGUUCGUUUUUCCUAUUUUGAGCAAUGCUGCCAAUGGUGUUAAGUUAGAAAUGGACUCCAAAGAGCUCUCCAAGACUGUGGCUGAGUCGAUGGGCUUGUACAUGAACGCAGCGCGAGAGGCGGGCUAUGCCUUGGGCCCACAGGGCGCAGGCGGCAGUGGGCAGCAGCCGGGCAGGAACCUGUCCCCCUCAGCAGGCUGUCCAAAGCCCAAACCUGUGAGGUUGUUAGUUUCAGCUCCUUACCCUGGGAUGUCCCACCUGUCUGAUAUCGCUAAAAUGGAGUGUGGCUCUGGUGUCCUGCCAGAGGCAGAGGACUGUCUAGCCCCAGGCCUUGACCAUAGUCCACAAAACUCCAAUGAUUCCAUCUCCAGCCCUACUAAAUUUGGGAAAGCCUUCCCCCCAGCUGGCAGCCCCGUCAGCCAGUUUCCUGCCCUGCCGGGCCUUGCCCACGCCCCCCACCUCAGGAUCUCCACCACUUGCAGCCCCAACAACACGAGUACGGUGGGUUCCCCCCUUGCAAGCCCUCUUAAUGUGAUGAAAUCGCCCAUCUCCAGUCCCCACAGAAUGGGGAGUGUGAGGUCCCCACCCUCCUGCAACCCCACUGUGAGGUCAUCAGUGUCCAGCCCCACUGGCAGCAGCAGUAACAACAACAGUAUGCGGGAAUCAAUUUCUAGUCCAGAAAAUGUCAGUUCUAUGCCUUUGUCUAGUCCUCCUAAUUCGACAGGCUUCCCUAUGUCUAGCCCUGCAAGUGGACUGGGCCUUGAACUGAAUGAGACUCGCAGCCCAAUUAAGACAGACCAAGACUACAGUGGGUUUGAGUUUCCAAAGCUGGAGAAGGUGGACACUGAGCUGUACAGCAUUGGCCUGGACAAGAUGGGAAUGGUGAAGUAUAUAAAACCAGAGCCAGACUGCAUGAGGAGCACGUGUGUGAGUGGUGACAGGAGUGACAUGCCCAGCUCACCCUUCACCAUGCAAAUUAAAAGUGAACCAAACAAUGAAGUGACGUGUCUGAAUCCCCAAUACAAUGGAGAGCUGCACUCUUUAAAUCUGUUUUCUGCAGCGGAGACCACUUAUCUGUCCUUGAGGGAUAAUGUAGAUGAACAUAGCCUCUCUGGGAUUUUAGGGCCACCAGUCUCUUUACUUAAUGGCCACUACCAACCUGAAGCUUUUUCUAACAAUGUCUUGCUUAAGGGGAUUAAGCAGGAGUCUAAAGAUGGCAGCUAUUACCAAGAGAAUGGUGACAUGCCGACAGCGGCCAUUGUUGGGGUUAAUUCAGGUGGGCAUUCAUUUCAUUACCAGAUUGGAGCACAAGGAACAAUGUCUUUUUCCCAGCAUGAUACAAACCCCUUGCUGAAUCUAAUUUCUCCCGUCACUGCAUUGAUGAAAACGUGGAAGCCGCACCCUGGCUUGCCACCCCAAGGGGAAGGAUAUCCAGGUCACAGGUGCAUGGUGGACAGCAUGGCAAGCUCGAUUCGAAACUCGUCAUCAAGUUCAUCUUCAGCCAAAGUGUGUCUGGUCUGCGGGGAUGAAGCCUCUGGCUGCCACUAUGGGGUGGUUACCUGUGGCAGCUGUAAAGUGUUCUUCAAGAGAGCCAUCGAAGGUCAGCACAACUACCUGUGUGCCGGGCGGAACGACUGCAUCAUUGACAAGAUCCGGAGGAAAAACUGCCCAGCGUGCCGGGUGCGCAAGUGUCUGCAGGCCGGGAUGAACCUGGGAGCACGGAAGUCUAAGAAGAUGGGCAAACUAAAAGGAGUGGGAGAGGAGGCACCUCCGUACGCGUCUAAGGAUGGCCAGACAUACCUGACCACAGAGAAGGAGCUGAGCAGCAGCGCCGCCCUGGUGGUGCACACGCCGGUGUCUCCGUACCUGUCCCCGUCCAUCUGCAGCGUUCUGGAGCUCAUCGAGCCCGAGGUGGUCUACGCUGGAUACGACAACACGCAGCCGGACACCACCGACCACCUCCUCUCCAGCCUCAACCAGCUCGCCGGGAAGCAGAUGAUCCGAGUCGUCAAGUGGGCCAAACUACUUCCAGGUUUCAGGAGUCUGCCCAUCGAGGACCAGAUCACGCUCAUCCAGUACUCCUGGAUGUGUCUGUCUUCCUUCUCCCUCAGCUGGAGGUCCUACAGACACACCAACGGACAGAUGCUCUACUUCGCCCCUGAUCUGGUCUUCAACGAGGAACGCAUGCAGCAGUCAGCCAUGUACGAGCUGUGCCUGGGCAUGCGGCGCGUCAGCCAGGAGUUUGUGCGGCUGCAGCUGACAGCCGAGGAGUUCCUGUCCAUGAAGGUCCUGCUGCUCCUCAGCACAGUUCCCAAGGAGGGUCUGAGAAACCAGGUGGCAUUUGAGGAGAUGAGGGUGAACUACAUCAAAGAGCUGCACCGGUCUGUGGGGAAGGCCACCAGCAGCUCGGGCCAGACCUGGUCUCGCUUCUACCAGCUCACCCAGCUGCUGGACGCCAUGCAUGACCUGGUGGGGGAUCUUCUGGACUUCUGCUUCUACACGUUCCGUGAGUCUCAGGCCCUCAAGGUGGAGUUUCCUGAGAUGCUGGUGGAGAUUAUCAGCGACCAGCUUCCGAAGGUGGAGUCAGGACUAACCCACACACUCUACUUUCACAAGAAGUGACAUUACACUGUAGCAUCUCAGAGGAUGAAGGGCUUUGCCUUAAAGUUGCUUAUGCCAGUGUGCCACGCCCCCUGGACCCCAUCCCAGAGAGGAGGAGAGAGAGGCCACGCCCCCUGGACCCCAUCCCAGAGGGGAGGGGAGAGAGGCCACGCCCCCUGGACCCCAUCCCAGAGGGGAGGGGAGAGAGGCCACGCCCCCUGGACCCCAUCCCAGAGGGGAGGGGAGAGAGGCCACGCCCCCUGGACCCCAUCCCAGAGAGGAGGGGAGAGAGGCUAAUUUGUGGUGUCGCUGCCGCUCGUCAGCUGGUGAGCCAAUCAGGAAGGUCUUAGGAGAACUGAAAAGCACUGGAAAGGACUUGAGUCAUGUAACAGAGAAUCCCACCCCCAAAGGCUCAACCCCCCCCCCAAGGCCCUCUCCCAAAG